AUGGCCAAGACGCACAGCCGGGAUAUUGCCCCCCCCACCGCGCCGGACACCGUGGCAGCCCGUGAUAUGCCCAAGAAGGAGCUGGGGCUGGGGAUGGCUGGCUGCAACUCUGGCAGCUGCGACAGCAUGGUCAGCACGGCUUCCAACCACUCGCAACACGUAAAAGAAACUAUUGGCUCACUGGAUGCAGAAGCAGACAGCGGGGUCUCUACCGAUGAGACUGACUACGUGGAGCCCUCCAAGCUGCCCGGGACGUGGUCCAAGAGAGACUCCGGUCCCCGGGAAGCAGACAGCGGGGUCUCUACCGAUGAGACUGACUACGUGGAGCCCUCCAAGCUGCCCGGGACGUGGUCCAAGAGAGACUCCGGUCCCCGGGAUUUGGAAAAUGGGGCUCCCUCUCUGAGUGUAGGUCAGCAGCAUGCAGCCGAACAGAAGAGUGGCAAGAACAUCUCUGCCCUUUCAAACUCCGUUCCAGCAGCGGUUCCAAGCCCAGGCUAUUACAGUCUUCCAAGGAGCAUCACUGUAGCAAACGCACAAAGAGCAAACGGAGCUUCUGACAGCAAAGCGACUGUCCGCACAGUGGAGGACCCGGUGCCAGUAGGUAAAUAUUCACAGGAGAUGGCCAAGGAGGACGGGCUUGACCAAGCCAACACAAGAAGCCAGAUGAAGUCCCAGGGAUCUUUGAUUAUCCAGCCUCCAGAUCCCUUCCAGGAUGACCUGGUGAGCCACGAGUGGUCACGUAGCAAUCGCUCAGAUGCCAAGAGGGAAACAGCCAAAGAGACCAAGACCUGGACUUCAUGGGGCCAGCCAGAGAAAUCCCUGUUGGAAGUGGCCUCUCAGGACCCAGAUGCCAAGCGUGGGCCUCCAACUGCCCCCAAACCACGGAAAUUGCCACCAAAUAUUAUCCUGAAAACCAGCAAAAACAGCCCAGUGCCACUUGCCACAGAGCCCAGCCAGAAGGUAAAAGCACCACCGCCAUCCUCAGCUGGCUCUCAGCCCGGCUUUCCCAGUGACAUCGCUGCUGAAAAGGCAAAUUCGGGGCACCUCGACCCCAAGGAGAGGGAGAAAGCCCGGCGGGAGGCAUUGGAGAAGCUUGGACUGUCGCACGACAGGAAGGAGCCCAGCACCCACCUUCAACCUACCACGCAUCCCCAUCCGAGGGAGAUGCUGUUCCCCGUCCCUGGGGAGCCCGAGGCACGCUGCGGGGCAGCGGAGAGGUCAGUGCCUGCUAUCCGGCAGAUGAACUUCAAAUCCAACACCCUGGAGCGUUCCGGCGUGGGGCUGAGCAGCUACAUGGCCAGCACCAAGGAGCAGAGCGUCAAGACCAGCAGCUCCCUGGGCAAGAUGUCCUUCAUCGAGCGGCUCCCCCCCCCACGCCCCCGGCCAGCAUCCCUCGGGGCAGGGAAGGACUUUGCUGGUCUGAAGGAGUCCGGGCAGGUGGAGCAGGAGAAGAGCAGCAAGCGGAGAUCCCACCCGCUGCAGAACUUCCCCAGGCCCCCCCGCUCCUGUGUCAGUGUGACAAUUUCCCCCAAGGGCACGACUGAUGAGAACCGGCGAGAGGCACUGAAGAAGCUCGGUCUGCUGAAGGAAUAG